GUCCGCUUUCCCUUUCUUUUCACUACAAGUGGUAUCUGAGCCGGUCUUUCCUUGGAUUGAUCAUGGAUGAUGGUAAUAGAUUUAGGGCUUUAGCUGAGCAAUUAGCUACUGUUCUUCAAGUUUAAGAAGUAAUUUCAAGGGCUUUACAAAAUAAACCUUCUCAUGUGCUUCUACACAAAUGCAAGAAAAUUUUAGCAGCUGAAACAAAGAAGCUACUAUUGCUGGAGCGUGAGAUACAUUUGAGUCCAUCUGUUGAUGAGAAUUGGGAAUCAAAUUCGUGGGAAAGCUUCGAAUUAAUUGGAUCUGUGUUGAAUAAAGUGACGCUAAUGGAGAAAGAAAUCAGUCAAAAACUGGAAGAAACUCCUAUUCAUUCAAUUUCAGUAAACGAUUUCACUUCAAAACCUUCAACUCCAUCAGCAGCAGAAGAAAAAAAUGAUUAUGUCGCCUGCAAAUUGAUUCCGUCAUUUUUCUUUGAAGAAAAAGAGGAUUUCAUAAGUUUAGAGCCAGAAGAUGAAAAACCCAUCAAUGAUUUGGGUAAUUGGGUUCAUAUUAAGGGUUCUCAAAUUGGAGUUGAGGUUGGGUAUUGCGAGCACUCAAAGAAACUAAGCAACAACCACAACAAACUGAACGGUAAGGGAUGUUUUUCUCUUCUCUCGGAUUCUUCUCGGAUUCUCUUUGAUCGUGGUAAAGAUUGUUUAACUAUUGAAAGGUAUCCUUAUUGUGUAAGAAGCAGUUCUAUCUUCAGUUUUGAUAUGCUUACUUCUUGCUUGGUUAAUUUUAAUGGAUCAAUUUUAAUUGAUGAUUAUGAUGGGAAAUGUGUUAAUGAGCAGGUUUGUAAACAUGGGUAGUGGUCACCUUUGAUGUUUAGUGAAACAAUUCCUGGUAUACUAAGCCAAGGUGGUGUUGCUGGUACUGCUUGGAUGUUGUUUGUUAGAUUGACUGAUGGAGUAGCUUGGAAUUUGAGUUAUGGCGGAGAUGAUUUUCUUCUGCCACUUCAAAGGGGUAGGUUGAGUUACUAUUCUUUAAUUGCUAAGUGUCUCUUCCUUAUUUUCCAUUUUACUCGCAGUGUGUUUGAUCGUGGUAAAAAGUUCGAAAUGGGUAGAAGGUAUUCAGGUUAUGUUAAGUGUAGUUCAAAAUUCUUCCUGGAUACUCUUGCUUCUUGUGUGUUUGUUAUUCGUGGAAGUUAUGUUUAUGAGUUCAUUUUGAGACUCGGGUUAGUUGGGUACCAUCUAGAAUUGUUACUUGAUUAUGCACAGAUGUUUUUGUUUGUCCAAAAUGGUGAUAGUCGUGAUGAUAAUAUGUUGGCUAGUAAAACGAAGCAGCUAGGCAGUGCUCACUGGGAUAAAUUGAUCUACAACAAGUCUGGGAAUGAAUGGAGUUUACAUGGUCAGGAAACCCUUGAAAGGAUAGUGGGAAUUAAAAACAUGCUUUUAAAUGCUAAGGGCAAAUGUUUAAAAUGAUUUUUCAUUAUAAUACUUGGAUCACCCAGCCUUAUCAUUUGUGGCAGUAGUGCAUGGAGUUUCAAGGGUGAUAUAGUUUCUCUAAGGUUACAGCUGGGAUAUUGUUCACUGAAAAUACCAGAUAGUGUAGCGGGGAGUUGGAGUAGUGAAGAAGGUUUAUAUUCUGGCCUGGAGUGUGCGGGAAGGGUAUUCGAUCGAGGAAGGUUGUUAGUAAUGGAUUAUGAAUUGGUCCAUAUGGUUGCAAGUGGUUAUGCAGUGGAUGCAGCCACAGUUUCUGAAUACUCCUCGAAGCUGUCAUGAAUAUUGUUACCCAUUCUUUGCUGAGAUAGCAAAGUUGAUAGUUGUUCUGAAACUGAGAUGUGGUAUACUUAAAGUGCUUGGGGGUGUGAUGAGUAAACUGUUGCAGAAGGUUAUUCUCCUUUGGACUAAUUGGGUUCUUCUAGCGACUGUAUAAAACAAGCCUAGAGAUGCACGAGAACUAUUGGAGAAACUACUUGCGGGGACAUGCAUACUGCCUACACACAUCAAAGUAGCUUGGAAGGGGCUCAAGGAGGUAGAGAUAGCUGCAACGAGCCGUGACAUGCAGAUGGUAAGAAAGAUAAUCAUUCUCCGAGUGCUCAGCAUUUUGGUUUUCUUAACAAAGUUUGAGUUCAUAUGGAUUUCCUUCGAUUCAUGGAGUUUGGGAACAAACAAUAAUUAUAUUUUAGUCCCCAUGUGGUUACCCAAACACCUUUGCUCUAUGGUUUGUGUUCGUAAGUGUGGGAACUCAAGCUGGGAUGUGAAUCAUCUCAUCUUAAAGAUUGAGAAUGAAUUAUAUGACAAGAUACCCAAGAUGCCGGUAGUGUUUACGGGUGUUAAGAGUGCAACACAAGAGAGGUUGUAAGAAUUAGUUGUUCGGUUUCUUAUUCCGACGCAAAGUGCGUGACAAGGGAGUGGAAUUCUGUGAAUGGACUGCAGAAAUCACAAUUAUUCCCAGAAAGACUGGUGAGGUGGUUUUAGAUGUUUGGAUUAGUGAAGGCAAUGAGUUGUUCCGUCAAUUACAGAUGGUUGUUCGUGGUAGAGAAGGAUGGAAUACUUCAGCUGGAUAUUUUGUUGAUGAUAGCCAACAGCUCUUGGAGCAACUGAAUAUCUCCACUAUUAUUGGUAUAAUAGUACAAGGGAAAGAGGAGGUCACCAACGACAUGCUAUCAACAAGUACAUUACAAAAUCGGUUCAUGCUUACUGUUAUUCAUUUUCCCACAGUUUUUAUAAUGGUGGUAUCCUGGAGAUGGAAAUUGUUCUCGCCAAGUUUAUGGAGCGCGGGAAAUGCUAGCUGGGUCAUUGCUACUACUAUGGCACUAAAAUGCGCCCAAAAACAAGAUACUUUGCCUCAGGACUGCCAGUCAAUAGUGCUACAGUGGAGAAAAAGAGCAGAUGAGCACGCUAAAAUCCUUCGCAGACAGUUCUGGCAGGUGGAGUUCAUGGCCUUGCAAGAUAAGAAGCUUGAGCUGAUUCCCAGCAGUAAAGAAGUCAUCUUCUCAAUAAGAUAUGGGAACGAGAAGUUUUCUGUGCUAGAAGACAACCUGAAGAUUCAUUCUCACGGCUCAACUGGAAGUGAACUAAGGUCUCUGAUUCUCAAAGGUACACAUACAGUCGACUUCAAAUCUAUUCCUAACUUGUUACUCAAGGCUGGGAACGACGCUUUAACUAUUAUCUACCUAGCCGUGAUUUUUGAAGCUAUGAGUUCUGUUUCGCCUGGGUGUGGGAUUUCUUCUUGCUACUACGAUACGUCACUGACUGUCGUUGGAGGAGCUAUAGAGAGAUUAGUCCAUCCAUGUUGUCCACAACUUCAAACAGCUGGUAAUCACAAGAGGUCUCUUCCGCGGCAAAUGAGAUGCACCCUGGGCAAUGUCAGACCUGCUAGUAUUGGCUCACUUGAUAAGUUCAGCAAGGGAGACUCAUUUAAUUGGGUUUUCCCGGCAUACUACAAACACAUCGGUAUACUUAAAGGUGCUUAUACAGUCUUUGGUAACACUAUUUUGGGGUUGUUACUCAUGGAUGGAAGUGGUGUUUUUACUAGUAUUUACCCAGACGUGAAUUCAACUUAUAUAGACCUUGGCGUUGAAGAUUAUAUGGGUCGCAUCUCUUACGGUAUCCGUGAACAAGCUGCAACAGCUAUGCAUCUCUUCAGCCCCGCUCAUUCCAUUUUCUUAUCCUCCAUCCUUGAGGACAAGGAUGAUUUAAAGGGGUGGGAUUUGUCGUGUCCCAUGUCUUAUAGGGCACCCCUGUAUAAGGGCAGCCUGGGUGUAGUUACUACUGUUAGUGUGUGUCUGGCACAUGUGCCAUUCUACUAUAUCCCAAAGGAAAAUAGGAUAUAGAAACUGUUUUCAAAUUUUCCUUUAUACUAUGAUCCAUGUACAUGUUAUUUUUGGGCAUUUUGAAUAGACCCGUAAGUAAACUUGUUGAUAACAAUGACA